ACAGAAGUUUAUUAUUUUUAAAUAAAUUUAAAGCUGAAAAAAAACCUCGGAAAAAUGUGCUCCGGUUUUGAAUGGACAGUCGAUGGCUUCGACUUUCGAAUUCGUGCAUUGGCGGUUGAUGACAUCCCGGAAGUACGUGAUAUGGUCACCAGAUGUUUGUAUAAGAUGCUGUUUACAGCAUUUAAAGCAAUAUUUGUUAAAAGUUGGCGGAUACAGAUUGUUCCGUCAGGAUUAUCCGUGUUGCUUCUCAAUUACUUCGGCUACGAAGUACAAUAUAUUGCUGUUUUCUUCUCUGUUCAAAUAUGUCUGUUGACUUUACCAAGUGAGUUUGUUGUAAGUUUACGCGGAAAUAUCACGUACAACUCCAUGAAAUAUGAUCUAUAUCAGUGGUUCUCAAACGAUGCAGUUUCGUUUUACCGUUACCUUGCGCCGGUAAUAACAAAGUUUGAAAGGGACAUUAUCAACGCAGACAAGACAUAUGUGGGGUUCUGGAUUUCCGAGGUUUUCACAGAUGGUGAAUGGAGAAAAGUAGGAACAGUAGCUCUGCACGAAGCGGAUCAUCUAGAAAAACGUUGGUUUGAAACUGGAACUAUAAUUUCCCUGAGCUGUGUAUCAGUAUCGAAAGGCUGGAGAUCCAAGAAAAUAGGAACCAUGAUGUUGAAGCACGCUCUCAGUCAAGCUCAUUUGAUGAAGUAUAAAGUCAUUGUUCUUCGCGUAAGCGAGGAACAAUCCAACGCCGUAUCUUUGUAUAAAAAGAAUGGUUUUGAAAUAGUGAAUAUUAUAAACGCAAAAUGUUUUCCUCUACUCCAUGGGGUAGAUGUCUACGUCAUGGCUAGAAAACUCCCGUAAUGCAGGAUUUAGUGUGAAGCAACCUUUCAACGUGUACAAUUGACGACUUCAGACAUUUUUGCUUCUGACACCUCUCAGUCAUAUUCCAUGAUGCACAAUCUUUUUAAAUUGUUUUGUGAACAUUUGCAAUAAAAUACAUCCCAACGAAA